AACCCACCUCCCCUCCCUCUCCCCAUUCCGUCCUCUCUCGGUCUCCCCCGCACCCGCGCCGCAGAAACCCAACCGCUAGGGUUUCGCGGAGCGGCAGCAGGGCGGACGGGGAUCCCGCCGGCACCAUUUCCGCCCGCGCGGAUCUGACCUCGUUCGUGCCUCCUCCCUUCCGACGCGCGCCGCUUCCUCAACAGUGUCGCGGCUCCUCCCGGGCCUGCGCCACUCGUCCUGCCCGGCGACGCCGUGCCUCGGGGGCUCCGACCUCCUGGGCUCUGUGGCCUCGACCCGUCGCCGUGGCACCCCGUCCCACUCAGCUCCACUGUUCCCACGGUGAUCGGCGCUUCUCCAUCCCAAGCAGAACCUGUCCAUCCGCGACGCCCCCUGCUCAAGGCAAGCUUGUGUUGUCUGCAUGGAGUGAUGAACUAAUUGAUUAUAUGUGAUAACAAAAAUUUGCUGUUGAUUUUGGUUUUUGUAUGACCAUGCACCAUCAGGAUUUCUGCAAACUACAUUCCACAUCUUGUUCUUAGAGAACUACUGCAGUGGUUACUGAUAUACUGUGCACUAGCCACUCCAUAAUUUAAUAUUUCUGCCGCGGGACCAACUUCUCUCUUGUUUUCAUGGAGUGCAACAAAGAUGAGGCUGCUAGAGCAAAAGCUCUGGCAGAAAGAAAAAUGCUGGAAAAGGACUUUGCUGGCGCAAAAAAGAUGCUUAUCAAAGUGCAGAAACUUUCCAAAGAAGUGGAUGACAUUGACAUUUCAAAAAUGUUAACUGUUUGUGAUGUUCACUGUGCUGCUGGAGCAAAGGUAAAUGCUGAGAUUGACUGGUAUGGAGUACUGCAAGUACCUGUAGAUGCUGAUGAUGCCCUAAUAAAGAAACAGUAUCGUAAACUUGCCCUUUUGCUACAUCCUGACAAGAACAAGUUUGGAGGUGCAGAGGCAGCAUUCAAAUUGGUUGGAGAAGCAAACAUUACUCUUACAGACAAGUCAAAACGUGAUUUGUAUAACAUGAAAAGAAACACAUUCAGAGGCGUUGCAGCAAGACCCCCUUAUCAGCAUCCAAGAAGAACUGCACAUGCUAGUUCUACUCCCGUGAAUCUCCAUAAUAUGCAGCAGCAGCAGCAGCAGGCGUCAAAUCCAGCAGGGCCACAAACCACAUUUUGGACUAUAUGUCCAUCUUGUGGCAUGAGAUAUCAGUACUACCUUUCAAUCUUGAAGAAGGCUUUGCGCUGUCAGAAUUGUUUGAAGCCAUUUAUUGCGCAUGAUUUGAAGGAAGAAGCUAUUCCUUCUGGGGCAAAUCAGCGAUCUGCUGGGGUUUGGAAAAAUGCAGGCACACCACAGAACUUUCCAGGUCCUCAAACAAAAGUCACUGGUCAGAAAGCUUGGUCAACCACUCGAGGAGUUCAUGUCAACAUUGGUUCUCAUCAUUCUGAUGUAAAUACGAAUAGGCAAACUGAUGGGAGCACAGGUGGGCUAAAAAAGAAAAUGAAAUCUGACCAGACCACCAGAAAUCAUUCAAAAGCUAAAUCAUCUGCAGGAUUGAAAAGGGGCAGGAGAGCUGUUAUUGAAUCAAGUGAAUCAAGCAUGUCAGAAACUAGCAGUGACAGCGAGGAAGAGAUUCUUGAACAUGGUCCUGCUGCAAAUAGUGGCGGGCGAGGUCAACAAACCCGCAGAUCAAGCAGGCAGAAGCAAGAAGUUAAGUAUAAUGAAGAUAGUGACAAUGAAGAUGUUGAAGAUGGCACUAAGAAGGUUGAUGAUGAUUUUGUGAAUUCUCCUGUUUUAAAGAGGUUAAGGAAAAGUGGCCAUGGUGAUCACAGCAAUAACAAAGACAUAGCUGGCCAUAAUGAUCCGAUGAAUGGUGUUAAAGACUGCAGUAACACGGUAGAUGAAGAGAAAGGUGGCACAUCAUGUGCAGAGAAGACAUCCAAUGGAAUCGAGCAAAUGAAGAGAGGAACAAUCCAUGCUGAAGGAAAUAGUGAUGGAAAAGAAAAGAUAUUUCAUUCUGUCAGCAACAAUGGUCUAGGUCGAAAUGAUAAUGGUGCUCCAGGUGGUCAUUCAUACGCUAUUUUGGAUCCUGAUUUUUUUGAUUUUGACCAACUUCGAGAUGUAAACCAAUUUAGAGCCAACCAGAUCUGGGCUGUCUAUGAUGAACAAGACUGUAUGCCUAGAUUUUAUGCUCGAAUCACAAAGGUAAAAACUACGCCAAAGAUUAUGCUGCAUUUUGUUUGGCUGGAGUUUGAUCCCACAAAUAGAGCAGAGGAGGCAUGGUCUUAUGGAGGUCUGCCUGUUGCCUGUGGACGCUUUAAGCAUGGACAGUCAGAGACAACCAAAGAAACUGCUAUCUUCUCCCGAACUAUAUCCUUUGAGAAAAGCAAGACAAGAAACUCUUAUGAAAUAUAUCCAAGGAAAGGUGAAGUUUGGGCUCUUUUUAAGGGAUGGGAUAUUGGUUGGAUUUCAGAUGCCGACAGUCACAAAAAAUUGAACUAUCAGUAUGAAGUGGUUCAAGUUCUAUCUGAUCUCACCACGAGCACUAGCAUUAUUGUCAUGCCGCUUGUGAAGAUAAAAGGCUAUGUCAGUUUAUUUAUGCCGUCUAGAGAGGCAGCUCCAUACGUGAUAUCUCGGGGUGAGACACUGAAGUUUUCUCAUUGUGUGCCUCAUCAUUUGAUGAGUGGAACUGAAAAAGAAGGUAUUCCAGAAGGAUCCCUUGAACUUGAUCCUGCAGCUCUUCCCCUUAACUUGGAAGAGGCUUUUCCUUCUGUUAUCCCAGAAUGCAGUUCUGUAAGAAGUCAGGGACGCGAUGCCAAACAUGCAGAUUCGUCCAGUGGAAAUAGUUCCCACAGAGGAUCUAGGAAUGUGGGGGAGGGGCAACAUACAGCAUCCAUGAAUGUAGGGACCUCUGCGAAGACACCAGAGGAAGAGAAUAGCAAGCAUAACACAGGUACUGCUGAAGUUACAGAUGUCGAUGACGACAAUGUUUGUCGAACAGAGUAUGUCUGUGCUGAAUCGGAAUUCUAUGAUUUUUCAGAAAUAAGAUUGCUUCAAAAGUUUUCACCUGGGCAGAUCUGGGCUCUCUAUAGCGAUUUGGAUAAAUUCCCCAAUUAUUAUGCUUACAUACAAAAAGUUGAUCUCAAUAAUGAUAAAGUGCAAGUUAGAUGGCUUGAUGGUUGUCCUCAAAGUGAAGAGGAGAAAAGAUUGCUUCAAGAAGAACGGACAAUUGGGUGUGGAACCUUCAAACUUUCCAGCAUUCACGAGGUGAUGACUUACGAUGGUAGAGAUGCCUUUUCUCAUUGUGUAGAUGCAAGAUCUGCUGGCAGAAAAGGCGAGUAUGAGAUAAUUCCUCAUCUGGGUGAGAUAUGGGCUGUUUACAAGAAUUGGAGGGCAGGAUGGACUGCACACGACUUCAAAAACUGUGAAUAUGAACUGGUGGAGAUAUUUGGCCAUACUGAUUCGUCCAUACAGGUUCAGCAUUUGAGGAAAGUGGCUGGUUAUAGGACGGUAUUUGUGCCAUACAGAGCAGAGGGAUCUGUGAAGACAAUAAGGAAGGAUGAGUACCCCAAGUUCUCUCACCAGAUUCCUUGCUUCCAUCUGACACAUGAAAAAGGUGGCAAGCUUCGAGGCUAUCUGGAGCUCGAUCCAUCGUCAGUACCAGAGGAAUUCCUCCUUACUGAUUCAAUGUGAGAUAAGCCUUAUCUGCAGUGGAUCUGGAUCUUUCUCGUGAUGAAGUUCCCACAAUCCUACAUUUUUCUUUUGUGACACUGACAUGAGGUGCCUGUAGCACUAACGUUAUGGUGAACUAGAUUCGGACUACCAAUCUGAACAACGAAGGCAUUAAAUUGGAAAUUUGCUGGAUGGCUGUCCGGUAGCAGACUGCAGUUCAGAAGCCGAGCAGGUUUUAUUUUUGCAACUGCUGUUUGUAGUUAGAAUUAGCUGUAUCUAGUGUUUUAGUUCUGAUGUAAAAACUACUGCUCUCCCUUUUUCGCGUAGUGUAAUCUAAAUGGUAGUACUGUAUUUGAACUGUGGGAGGCUAACCUGAUGAAUUAUCAGAAGUGGCGUUUAGCUUCCCUUCCCUGGAUCUGAAACAUGAAAGCCAACAAGUCAGGUUUGGCUGACCUA